AUGUCUGAAACAAACACACCCACUUCCACCUCCACUUCACCACUAUUACUGGAAAUGACUCGGACUAAGGGCUUAGUAAAAUUAGAAAAGGAAGAUGUUAACUGGUCAGUGCAAGGAGAAAAGGCUGAAGUCGUUCUCCUCAUACCACAGUUUGAGAGAUGUACUUCCUUGACUCUGAAGGUUAAAAAUUACGGGUCUUUGCUCGUGGAUAGUUUAGAGACAAUGCGAAAUGAGUAUGUUGUGGCAAUACUCCAUUCAGCUCUCCAUAUCGUAAGGGACGAAACAAAAAAAGAAUUCAGUAUGCGUCAGAGCAGUAGCAUCGAAUUUACCGAAGAUGCCUUGGAUGAGAAUAUCAUGCGCUGUGUAAUAGCGUGA